GUCAAACCACCAUAAAUGUAAACAUAAACAAAUAAGGGCCUCAAUUUAAAUUAAUAAUGUUUAUUGUCUAUUUCCUAAUCAAUUUUUCUUAUCAUCGCAAGUGGUUACAAACAAGCGCAGGUUAAUCGUUUCAACAAGUAAAUGGGCUCAGUCUCGAUUCGGGCUGGGAUGUGGCUCGUACCACUUUAAAGGGGGGAAAAAAAAACCAACCGAACAUGUCGAUUUAUUUGGAAGUUUUAAUGUUCGGGGCCCUCCUGGGGCUCCCAUUUCUAUACGAAACCAGACCGACCUUCUCGUAUUGCCUCAAGUUUGUCUGUUACUAUACAGUGGUCAUGAUAAACUCUGUUAUUUUGAUUCCCCCGUUCAGUUUCAGGCCACGGAACGUCUUGAAUUUGGUUGUAGCAUCAUACUUUUGUCAUUGGAUUACCCAUGUAAUUGGGGUAAAAUGGAUCCUGAGGGACGGUAAACAUCUUGAAGCUGAUCAGAGUUGUGUUAUAGUUUGCAACCAUCAAAGCUCUCUAGACAUUUUGGGUAUGUUCCAAAUAUGGCCCACAAUGAGGAAAUGUACGGUCCUGGCAAAGAAAUCUUUAUUCUGGAUUUGGCCCUUUGGAUUGGCGGCUUGGCUCGCUGGAAUCGUCUUUAUCCCAAGGGUAAAAACUGACCGGGCUAGGGUGGUCUUAAAUCAGGCCAUGGGGAAAUUGGUGAAAAACAAGAUCAAACUGUGGAUAUUCCCAGAGGGAACGAGAAGGAACACCGGGGAAAUCCACACGUUUAAAAAAGGGGCUUUUCACGCGGCGAUCUCGAACCAACUGCCUGUGAUUCCGGUUGUAUUUAGUCGCUAUUAUUUUCUCGAUAGGGCCAAUAAGAAGUUCGACCAAGGCUCAGUAAUCAUUAAAGUAUUAGCACCUAUGAGCACCAAGGGCUUAACCCUGGACGACGUGGAUAGUUUUACCGAGGAGGUCUGUCAAAAAAUGGCAGAAGCCUUUAGGGAAGUUAACAGGGAGGUCUCCAAGGAAAUGGAAAGUAACUGUGAUCUGAAGCGAGUUGCCCAGUUGAAACAAUAAGGUUAAGAUGGCACCAGCUAAAUCACCAAAAAGUAUUUCUAAGGCACUAAUUUAGAAGUAAAAUUUUGUAUUAUUUUUUUUUUAUCAUAUAAAUUGCAAUUUUAAAGCUUACCUGUGUACCUUUUUAGACAGCUUCUUAAUAUUUAAUAAAAAUCUAUUAAAAAAAAGA